AGUCGGUCCGCGGUCGAAGCUCCGGAACUAUGGCGGCAACGAUCGGAUGGUACGGACCUCUAAUUGAUCUCUGCAGAGCAUCUUCUCACAUUGGAGAUUACGUGCAGCUUCUCGUCUUCGUCCAUAGAUCCACUCCCGUACAGUAUAAAAUAUUCAAAAAUGGAGGAGAGGUUGUGAGAAUGGACAUUAUGGUGGGGGAUGAAACGCGGUCGUACUUUCCGGUGACCAUUUGGGAGAAGCAAAUGAGUACCCAAGUUUUGGCCGGCCAUGUUUUUCUCCUCCAGAAUCUUAAGAUUUCGAGAUUUGGAGAUGUGGUUGAGGCCAGGGCUCUCCAUUGUUCAUCUUUUCAAUGUUUACUUCAUCCAAAUGACUUUGUUUCCUCCAAGGGUCUAGAUGACUCUAUUGGGAAGUGUCGCUUGGGGACUGCAGCAAGGGAGAAGCUUCAGAAAGUUGUGGGAUGGUUGAAUCGAGCUAGACUUGCUCACUGUGGCAGUGUAUUGAAUUACUAUGAACACAUGAGCCAAGUACAAGUUAAUUGGAGAAUGCCUGAGGAGAUUCUUACUCAAGAUUGCUCCUCACUGUCCGAUGUAAGCGAAUGUAGGAACUCUUGCAAGGCAACCUUUCAUGCUUCCAUUGGUGAAAUCUUUCUACCAAUCACUUGGACGAAUCUUCGGGAGGCUGAGAAUGAAAGAAUGUUUAUCAGCAGGAGGCUACAUAUGCAAGGUGGGAAUAGUCUGAUUGAUGAUUUCAUCACCACCGGUUGUCGGAUAUGUGGCACUCCUGUGAAUGCUGGACUUGGGUCUAGCAUGGAGAAAAACUCAAUCCCUUUGUACUGUGAGAAAAGCUCAAACCGCCUCCACGCAGUUGGAUCCAUAUACCGGCCCUUCUUGCUAUACGUGUGGGAUGACAUGAAAUAUGUCCCAGUAUUGGUCGACAACAAUGCUGCCGAAGUGUUGUUUGGAAAUGUAUCUGCUGAGAAGGUGUAUUCCUCGUACAAAAUCCAGAAGAAUCAUGGUCCCUUGUCGAGCAUUGACGGCAAGAAUCUCGGAAUUAUGGACAAAAGGAGAGGAAGUAGUGAGCCGAAUUAUUACAUAAUUUGGUUGAUUCUGUUGAAAUUGUUGUUUAAGCAUGGAAAGAACAGCCCCUUGAAAUUUAAAGUAUGGGUUGAUGCACGUAGAGAUUGGGAAUGUGGGAGGCUGCAAAUGCUGUCUGUCUCAUUCCCUGCAUUCAGACGAAUUGCAUGAGAGAUCUUUGUUAGUAUAUCUUCCUUUUAAG